AAGAUGUUCGACUGCUUUUCGUUAACCGAAAACGUAUAUCAUUACCUGAACUGCGAAUUAUCCAAUUGUUCUACUUUUGUGUGGUAAAAAUCAAACUUAAGCACGAAAUCACACUAAGAAUGCUAUUUUUCGACGUACGAGUGUAUGCCUUCAUUCAAGCUUCCUUGCAAGUUGGACUGUACAGCACAAUAAUCUGAAACUAAACAUUGCGACAAACAAAAUGGGUGCUUCCAACAGUAGUGAGUCUGAAAUCCAGCAGUCUUCAGGAGCAGAAAGACUUUCAUGCGUAGAUCCACACUUCCGAUCUUUGAUGGGUAAACUGGAAAGACUGGCACCAGCAGCUCAAAGAAUCUUUAGCCUCGGAAAGUUGUAUUUUGUGCAAGGAGACAGAGACACAGAAAACGACAAAAAUGAAUUCCAAGCCUUGUUCCCAAGUCUAGAUAGGGGAGACUCCACAGAAAGCAAAUUUGAAAGCGGCUUUGAGUUAUUUCACCCUCUCAAAAAGUCUACUCCUCCUUUGCAACACGGGCAGACUUUCAUGCAGUGGAAAGCUGGUCACGAUUUUCAGUAUGCUAAUCUCACCUGUAGUCAGCGACGUAGAGUUAUUUAUAUCCAACCUAUUGACGAUUUUCCAGAUUUUGUGAAAAACUUUCGUUUUGAGUGGAACUUUCAGUCCCGAACCAUGAGUGUAGAUCUGUUUGAGAUGCUUCAAGGUUUUGCACAAAUCUUCUUUUCAGGAAUGGAUGUUUGCUUACUGCCCAAAAUAGAAAUGGCAGAAAUUGGAUGGGAUGUUGCGUCCAGGUAUCACCAGGUUACUGGACAGAAACAAUACCUGGUGAGUGACUUUUAUCCACAUUUGCGACGCAUUCUCCCACCUGAUGGUGCCUGUAUACUUGGCCUUAUCUGGACAGACUUGUUCCCAGAAAAUUUUAACUUUGUGCUUGGAGAGGCAUCUGUUAAGCAUCUGGCUGGCAUCUUCUGUUUUGGGAGGUUUCCCCCAAGCAGCAGCAAUGCUCAAGAUUUGACAAAGAUAACAGGCAGUAUUGUUUGGAAACUAAUCAAGGUAAUAAGUCAUGAAACUUGCCACUUGUUUGGACUGGAUCACUGCACAUUCUUCAGAUGUGCAAUGAAUGAAAGCAACUCUGUACCAGAAGCUGUAGAUCAACCUCUGUUCCUGUGUCCUGUGUGUCUGAGAAAGCUUCAUCAGCACUGUGGAUUUGAUGUUGUGGAAAGGUACCAAGACUUGCUCAAAUUCCUCAAAGACAUCCAAGUACAGCUUCCAUGUGAUUCUGUGGACAGUGCUGUGAAGUGGCUGGAAAACUGUCUGAAAUUUUUGAAUUCAUAGUUAUGCUUCAAAAACUGGAACUUUCACUUUAUAAAACCAAAAUCUAUAUGGUGAUAGCAUUAAGUGACAUAAAGAUCUGUUUACAAAAUAGAAAAUUUGAGAUAAAUGUUUAUUUUAAGAAAGAUGGUCAGCUCAAGUGAUUGAUUUUGUUGAAGAACAGCAUCAGGUUCAGUCUAUACUGUAUCACGUCACAUGAGAUUGUGAAAAUGUGUAUUAAUGAAAGCAGGCUACUUCAGUGAUCUUUGCCCACCCAUCCCAAUAAUAGACUGUUUCUGUCACACACAGUUUGAAAGAAAAAAGAUGUUCUAGGACAUGCUAGGUGUUUACUUUUUUUAAAGAUUUUCUGCAUGCUCAAAAUUCCAUUUGUAUGUUUUUCAGAUUUCUGUUACCAUGUACACAGCACUGAUAAUGUAUCAAAGAUAGUAACUAUUAUAAAUGAUGCUAUGUAACAUUUGUUUAAUUUGCACCAAGAGAUUAAGAUUAAUUCUGCAGUUUUCUAACUCUAAUUUUUUGUAAGGGAAUUAAAAAAUCAAUCAGGUUAGUGAACAGCAUGAUUAAUCAGAGCUCAAAAUUAUUCAUGUAUGUGAUAUAAGCCACACAGUGAGGUCAUUUAAAUUAUAAGCAGAGCUAAGCUGUUUGUGUCAGAAAUGCCCUGCAACUGAACAGUGGAGUAAUAUUUCUACAGCUAUGAACUUCCCAAAGUAUGUAUAAAUUUCAUUAAUAAUAAAGUAUCUUGUUUAAAAUGCAAUAUAUUUGUGUCAUUGCCUAGCCCUGGUGAGUGAGAGACACAUCAAACGUUAUAUUUUCAUAUAUUUUUAACAUUCAUGCAUGGAAAAUGUUGCUUGAAGUGCUACUUUCUUUUCAUUAUGGAUCAAAGAAAUGUAUUUUCUUUGAGUUUGCUAAUAAUUCUAUUCCAGAUGAUCACUAAGAUAUUGGACUUGACAUGAGACUAAGAAAGCUUCACUUUCACUGUUAUGCUGUAAGCUGAUUGCAAUAAUCGUUUCAUUGAAGUUAUUUCAUGAAAUCUGGUUAUUAAACUUAUGUUUUUCUGUG